GUUAUCCUCAAAGCUUAUUACUCGUAUUUCAAAUUUCAAUCCACCCGUCCUUAAAACAUAACAGUUUCCUUGACAUAACUUGCUAACUCAGCUCAAUAAUGGCUUUAAGAGACGAUGAUGUUGUGAUGUUGUUGGAGAAUGCGCAACUGAGCAAGCUUGCUGCGUUACUUUUGCAUCAAGAAGAGCGACUCAUGGAAAAAAUUAAGUCAGAGCCUGAACGUGUCAAAUACCUGAAAGAAUGCAAUGGAGCUCAUGAUAAAGUCGUAAGCCUGCUUCAGGAUGGUGAAAAUUUUAAUAAGAAGUUUGAGGGAGACGAGAAGAAGGCGGACAUUGCCAAGGAAACCGUCGAUUAUAUUAAAUAUGGGAUCAAUAUGAGUAUGCAAGCGAUUAGGAACUGUAGCUUACGAGUGACUUGUAUCGACAAAAUUAAGACUCACUUCGACUCCUUGGUUACUGAACUUGCGGAGCUCGACCCUGACAACAUAUCUAAGAAACGACUUUUGGCUAAGGAAGUGUCCAUGUACAAGCAAUGUAUGUGGGAGUACACAAACAAGUGUAAGAGUGGCUCAGCUCGAGCUCUCUCUAAAGCUUACUCCAUGCUGAUCAAGCAAGAAGGCAUCAAAUUUCCCGACCUUGUGGAGAAACAUAAGAACCAGCUUGGUUAUGAAGGUGAAUUUGAGUUCCUGGAAGAUGCACAAAAGCUCGAGGUGUAUAAUAGUAUCAUCGAGGAAUCUGGAAGAGCAUCAAUCCCAAAACUUGAAUUGGCAAGUGCAGGACUUGGGAUUGCAGUGUUGGUGGUGAGCGCUGGAUUGAUGGUAUGGGACAUAUUUACUGCAGAACACAAGAUCGAGGCUGUGCUGUCCAACUCGUUAUCGACAUUAUCAGAGAUUGGCGCCUUUGCUGUUCAAGUGGCAGUUGAAGCGGCAGUGACAGAGGCAGUCGUAGAUUUGGAUGGAGCUGUGUUCAUUGUAUCAUUGGCAGGGUUUGUGGCUGGCACUGUGGCAGGUCUGUUGUUUGUUGCGGUUAGUGGUGUCUUGAUCGACCUCAUUUUCGGAGGAGGGGGUAAGACGGCACCAUCUGUGGAGGGGCUUAAGUUCCAUACCACCAAAAUGCCCGACGGCAUGGCUCUUGCCUUCCAAAUUGCUCAUGAUGGUUUCUAAACUGUGUCCACCUACAAGAAAUGUUUGUAAUAAAUGAAUUAAGUUUGUACUCGUCCUGUUCCCUUCUUCUUUCAAUAAAACCUUAUUGUCUAGGCAAAAGUUUUGUUGUCUAGCUCAAAUGACCGAAAUCAUGAAAUUGAGUUGCAAGAAAUGUUUGUAAUAAAUGAAUGAAGUUUGUACUCGUCCUGUUCACUUUUUCUUUCAAUAAAACCUUAUUGUCUAGGCAAAAGUUUUGUUGUCUAGCUCAAAUGAUCGAAA